CAGCAGGGGGAAGUAAAGUUAUCUUCACCUUAAAGCUUUUGAAUCGGAAGAAGAAGACCAGCCCUUGGAGUGUUGAGGUGAGAGCAAGUAGCAGACAGUUCUGACGGGGCAGAGAUGCAGACACCGGCCAAGUCUAUCCUCCACAGUGGAUACUUCCACCCGACACUGCGAUAUUGGCAAACCUGUAACACGAAUCUGCGAGCAGACAACCUCAUCUACCCCAUCUUUAUAACAGACAGUGCAGAUGCUGUGGAACCUAUCAGCAGCCUUCCAGGACAAGCAAGAUAUGGGGUGAACAAGCUGGAGGAAAUGUUGCAACCGCUGGUGCAAAAGGGAUUAAAAUGUGUGCUGAUAUUUGGAGUCCCAGCAAAACUCGAAAAGGAUGACAGGGGCAGCGCCGCUGACUCCGAAGAAACUCCUGCCAUUCUUGCUGUGAGGAAAAUCCGAAGCGUGUUUCCUGACCUGCUGGUGGCGUGCGACGUCUGCUUGUGCCCGUACACUUCCCACGGUCACUGUGGAAUUCUCAAUGAAGACGGCACUUUGAACAAUGAAGCCAGCUGUCUCAGACUGGCAGAGGUGGCCAUGGCCUACGCUCAAGCUGGCUGUCACAUUGUUGCUCCAUCUGAUAUGAUGGACGGAAGGAUUGGAGCCAUAAAGCAAGCCCUGCGUUCCAACGGCUUGGGCAACAAGGUGUCAGUGUUGAGCUACAGUGCCAAGUUCGCCUCCUGUUAUUAUGGUCCCUUCAGAGAUGCUGCUCAGUCCAAACCAGCUUUCGGUGACAGACGCUGCUAUCAGCUGCCACCAGGAUCCACAGGCCUCGCCAUCCGAGCUGUGGCGCGAGAUGUGCAAGAAGGAGCUGACAUGCUGAUGGUGAAACCAGGACUGCCGUACCUGGACGUCCUGAGGGAAGUGAAGAACAAGUUUCCCACUCAUCCACUGGCUGUGUACAACGUGUCGGGUGAGUUUGCCAUGAUGUGGCACGGAGCCCAAGCGGGAGCAUUUGACCUGCGCUCCGCUGUGAUGGAGGCGAUGACAGCAUUCCGUCGGGCAGGAGCUGACAUGAUCAUCACCUACUACACACCCCAACUCCUCGGCUGGCUCAAAGACUAGCCAAUCCAGAUCGAGUGUCUCUGACUGCUGUGAUGCUGGGGGAAUGUACAAUGUUCAACAUUGUGAUCGGUGCAGCUGAUAACAUGACGAUCAAGAGUGUCUGUGGUUGACCACGUCUGCGCCAACAGACCUCAAGCUUUAAAGGACCAUAUCAAAAUAAAUCAUGUCAUUUCAUAAGAGCUACAUUUAGAAGUUCAUGUGUUGUUAUUAAUGUCUGCCAGUCAUUAUAAGGAAAAUUCCGAUUUGUUUCCACACUUCUUAAAUACAGUCCUUUGUGAUAUGUUUAUAUGAUAUGAGUGCCCCAAAAAAUGUUCAUUAAUUGGCUCUUUUUUAAUUAAACGUCUGAAUAAGAAAGGAAACACAGAGGCCUUCCCUAGUAGACUGUGAGACCAUGUAAUCUAGCUCCCCAUCCGAGGAGACCUGAGCCAUCUUAACUGCAAAAAAAUAAUAAAAUCAACUGCCUUUUG